AUGAGCAUCCCAGUUCGCCUUCUUGACUUGGUAAAAUUCUUCUUACCCAUCCUCCCAGAAAUUGAAUUCCCCUUUGAGAAAACCAAAUUCGAUGAAAGAAUCGUAUUCACUGUAGGUUCAGCUUUGAUCUUCCUAUUCGGUCAAUUACCAAUCUAUGGUCUAAUCCCGCAAGCUCAAUUCCACUUGCAAGAUCCAUUUUACCAAUUCAGACUGAAUUUCGCCAUGGAAAAAGCCACAUUGUUGGAAUUGGGGUUGUUGCCCAUCAUCACUGCGGGGUUUAUCUGGCAAUUGGGUGCUGGAUUGAAGUUGAUCAAUGUGAAUUUGGGAUUGAGAUAUGAUCGAGAAUUGUUCCAAAGUGGACAGAAAUUGACUAGUUGGGGGAUUGCAAUUGUGUUCACCUUGGGAUUGAUUUAUUCUGGUUAUUAUGACGAUGUGAUUAGGGGAUAUAAUAUUAUCCCUACUAAGGAGAAUAAUGGAUUGGUUUCGUCGAGUUUGCCAUUGGGCUCCUAUUUCAUCAUUUUCAUCCAAGUUGUAUCUUGGCAAGUUAUUGUAAGCUUAUUGGUGGAAAUCUUCGAUAAGGGGUACGGAUUUGGGUCAGGUAUAUUGUGUUUCUUAGCCUUGCAAAAUGCCACCAAUUUCGUUGGUGAUUUAGUAGGGUUGGAAUUGUUCCCCGUUAUCAAUUCAAACAAGUUUGAGAGUGCAGGAUCAUUGAUGAAUUUAGUGCGUAAUUUUUCAAUCUUUAAUUUGAAAGCGACUAGCUGGCAAAUUUGGCAUGCAUUCACCAGGAUUCAAUUACCCAACUUGACCCAAUUUUACAUUUCAUUCGCUUCGGUGUUUGUUAUUAUUGCAUUGCAGAAUUUCCGUGUUGAUGUCCCCAUUAGAUCAACCAAAGUCCGUGGUAUGAAUCAAAUGUUCCCCAUUCGGUUAUUGUACACUGGUGGACUACCUGUAUUAUUUGCAUACAGUGUCAUUGCCAAUGUUCAAGUUGUUGGAUACAUUUUAUUUGCCACAUUGCUCAAGUUGGGAGCACCAGCUUCCAUCAUUACUUUGCUCGGCAACUAUGUCGUUCAACCAGCUAGUAACAGAUUAGCGUUGACUGGUGGCUUAUUAUACUACUUGUCUCCAGAGCAAACUUUAUUAGCAUCAAUGACAUCCCCCAUCAGAACCAUUACGUACUCAUUGACAAUUGUCAGCUUGGCAGUAUGGUUUGCAUUCAAAUGGAGUUUUAUAUCAGGAUCAUCUCCAAAAGACAUUGCUAAACAAUUUAAAGAUCAAGGAAUUUCCAUUGCUGGUAAGAGAGAUAUUGCAAUUUCCAAAGAAUUGUCCAAGAUUAUCCCCACUGCGUCCAUAACUGGAGCUUUUGCACUCGCUGCAUUGGCUGUCGUUGGUGAUUACUUGGGCGGUUUGGGAAAGAAUGGAGCAACAAUCAUUGGUGUGUCAUCGGCGUUUGGUAUUUUGGAAGAGUUUAUGGUUGAAUACCAACAAGCCACCGGGUCGCAAUUCUCAAGUGCUCUUGCUGGUGCGCAAUAG